AUGCGCGAACCGAUAGCAACCGCACCAGCGCUGACAGUCGGAAACGUGGUGGCGCCAUCUACCGCGGCCACAAUGUUUGGCAUCACGAACGCCCAGAUAGUGCAGUCGUUUAACGGUUUGCCGCCCCUACAGGGCGAUUGUCCACCGGCCGGACAGCCGUGCAUCGUGCGUACAGUGAGCCGGGCCUCAUCGAUUGGCGGUGCCGGAACACUGCGUUCGCUAAAGUCCAUCGGAGGCAGCGGCGCCAGUAGCCCCGUUACGAGCGUCAAGCGGAACAGCUCCAGUUCCAGCUUUAGUAGCAGCAGUGAACGGCGUAGCGUUUUCUACACGGAUCCCGAGCAAAGCAGUACGACGGAAGCUGCGGAGAAGUAUGAUGUGAUGACGAAUGAUGAUAGCUGCUCGACGUCAGACGCUUGCAACGCCGUAAUGGGUACCGCUUCCGGCGGGGCCGAAGUGAGACGGCAGAGAAGUAUGCUGAAGGACCAACGGGGUGAACCGAAGGAUGAGGGUACGCUGCGACGACUUGACAAUGGGCAGGUACGGCGCAAGCAGCGUCCUUGCAGUGUUCCCGUCCUGGAAGGAGUUAUCGGUCCGAAGACCCACCUGAAGCUAGUCAGCCAGGAGCUGGAAUGGGAGCGGAAGUUCCGUGAUGAUCAGCUGUCCCGCAUACUGAAGGCCCUGAUUGCCUUCGAAACGCGGCUAAAGAACGAACAGUGUCGCAUUAAACAGCAGCUGUACGAGAAGGAUGACGUUAUCAAUCGGCAGAACUGCACGAUUAAUCGCAUGAAGCGGAAGAUGGCAGCCGAUGAGGGCAUCGGUGGCAGUGAUGGUGAGGAAGCGACCGCUCCAACGAACGUGGACGAGGUGGCGCAGUAUUGUCCAAAGUGCCGCAAAAACUACUACCGGAUUGAGUGUCGAACGAGCGGUACGCAAACGUUCGACUACUGUCGAGAUGAUGGAGCGGAGAGCGUCAAUACGGAAAACUUAUCACUGAAUAGCGUGGAGUAUGCUUCAUCGAGCGAAGAGCAGGAAUCGUCACUGUACGUGCGGGCCAACUCGUUCAAGGAUGCCCGGCGCAGUCGGAAGUACACGAGCAAGCGCUCCUACCAGGGCUAUCAGCGGGGACCGUCACGAGCGAGCAGCUUCAAGAGCAACGCAUCGGGACCGGUUACCGGUGCGCUGGCAAAGCUCGUCGAACGCAAUGGACGCAGCGGGGUACGGCGGUUAAGUGGACCACGGGAGGAGGAGAGUGGCCACGAAGCGUACGUUAACAUAGAACCAAAUGCGAAUGUGCCUAAAAUAGUGAUCUACGAAAAUUACGAAAGCGACAAGGAGAAUGCACGUAUGGAUCAAAAUCGGCAGGAAUGCAACAAUUACGACAACGUGGAACCAUACUCCAAUCGUAUCGACACGCUGCACGGUAUACACGGCCGGAAUGGUGGACGAUUUGUGGGUGAUGGGCAACAGCACCCGCACAAGCCGCAGCAGGAGCAGAGGCAGGAGCGCACGGAAGGACACACCGAUUAUCGUUCGGUUGGGUCUAUGCGUGGGGAUGGGAGCGAACAGAUGGAGCUGGACGAUGGGACCAUCUUUUACGAAGCGAAUGCCAGUGCCGGAAGUGUGAGCAAUCAGCAAAAGUACACCGAAGGGAUGGAGAUGAAGCAAACGAUUGAAACGAACGAUGACUGGUAUGCGAGCGCCAGCGAUAUGGAGGAUUCGGAUACGGCCCUUGGGAAACCGUACAGCAAUGCCGCUGUCAAUCCAGUGCUGGAGUGUGUCAAUCAGAUACUUCUUCAACAAUCUAUGGAUGGUUUUGGAGACAGCAACAAGGACACUACCGGCGAAGGUGCUGGCGAGGAGGAGCACUACAUUAAGGCACAGCAACCAGCUCCACCACCGGUAAAGGAACCCACGGCCGUUCGGUCAAAACGAGUGCACUUUUCAACGCAAAAUAGCAUGGUACAGGUGCCGAGGAUAUCACUCCAACCGACGACUUCAGUUUCUAGCCAGGGAAGUGGAUCGGUCCACCGGAAGGAUGAUAAAGUUUCACCAACGUACGAGAUCCAGAGCAUCUACAGCAACGAAUACGAACCGAUCGGGUCGGAACAGAACUCGUACUCGAACUAUUACGUCGACAUGGAAUCGAAGCUGGGUUCGGAGGAUCGUGAACGCGAGCAAGCGUUGGCGGAGAAGCGAAAAACACCUCCAGCGUUACCACCGAAACCGGCCAAUCUUUUGAAACUGCAACAGCUGUCCAAAGGCAACCAGCAACAGAGGCAGCUAGUGUCAUCGCCGGCGAAAGGACGCAGCUCCUCCGCCCAGAGUGACAUUGCCGAAUCCGAGCCAGACUAUUGCUCCAUCAGCGAGAUCCAGGAUUCGGUGAAAUGUGUUCAGAUUGUGGCAGAAAUUCAUAAGGAUGCGUGCGAGGAUGACUACUCCAUAGUGGGCGAGGAGGAAAAGGAGAAACUGCAGCAGCAGCAAGAAGGUGUGACCCGGGUGGAAGCUGACGACACGAGCGGUAAAAAGAGUUGCAACGAGCUGGAGGAAUCGUUUGCGGACGUACCGAAGCUACCUAACGUGGCAGAAAUAGUGCCUCCGAAAAAGGAACCACUGAACAAAUUCAUUGCCCAAGAUAACUACAUUACGAAGUCGUCCAGCAGUAGUUCAAGCAAGGCGAGCCAUUCGAGUGGAGGUAUUACAGCUAGCAGCGGUAUAGCUGGUAUAGCAGCGAGUGUAAAUACACCCAGCAAAAAGGAUGGAGAGUUCCGGGAACAGUUGUCGGAGAUUAUAGCCGAAAUCAACAAGCAGUCGCCCGCUAUUCGCAAUGCAUCGAAAAAGCAAAUCCCGGUAAAGGAUCUUAGCCCGGCAUUUCGAGCUGUUAGUCAAAUACCGAGUGUAGCGUUCCAGUCAAAGUUGAAACCAGUGGAUAAGUUGAGCUUCCUUUCGAAAACAUCCACGGCCGGCAUGUCUGGAUCGAUUCCCAGCUUGAUUCACACGACUCCGAAGCUUUCAAGCUCGAUUGCUCGACCCUCGAUUAAGCCGUCCAUGUUGAAGUCGUCCCUCUCGACGAAGGCACUCUCCAGUACGAAUCUUACGCUGGGUAACCAGUUUGGCAGUCCGGUGAAAACGGUCUCAUACAUCCCCAACCUCAAGUCGCCCAAUGUCAAUAGUCCUCUGGUCGGAGGCGUUGCAGCUAGCAAUGGUACCGCUAGUGCUGGAUGUUCACCACUUAAAUCAUCCUCCACCUCAGUAAAAAAGGUAGCGAGCGCUAUAAAUCUCGCAAACGGAUCAGCCACGGUUUCUCAGACAUCCGUGGCUUCAGUUCCGAUUAUUAUUGCUGAGGAUAGCAAACUGCCCAUACAAGCGGAGUUCGAUUGGUACAAUUUAGACGCCGAAUACGGGAAGUCCAAUCAACCGGAUGUUAUCGUUGAGGCAGAUCCAAGCUCGAACGGGGAAGCUGAAGGAACAGGUGACGAAGAGGACAGUGUGUCAUGUACCGAAAGUCCUUCCAAAAAGAAGGUACUCAAGGUAGAAGCUUCCAACGGUGUAGCGGUAGCCGAGGAACGGUCGUCAACCAGCGCAACGACCACCGAUAACGGUAGCAGUGAGUGUGAGGAAGAACUGGAAAACGUGGAGUACAAUCUGGACGAGGAGUACAAAAGCCUGGGACCAAUCGUGCCACCACCGGACAUUAUACAGAAAAGUGUUCACCCACCGAUAACACCGCCGAAGAAUGGGAAAAUCCCUUACAACAGCUUGUCCUUCAAGGAGCUGAUGCAGCUCAACGAAACACCCAAAUCGGUGCAGGAAGCAAAGGCAAAACCGGCCAAGACUGCGCAAGGUACGGAGAAUGUACCGAGCGGGAGAAAUUACGAACAUUUCCUGGACGAUUCCGGUCUUUGCUCGAAGCCCAUCAUUCUGCCAAGGAAGAAGCGUGUGUACUAUUCGGGUCCGUUCGUAUGA